GAAACUCUUCUCCUCGCCCUCCCCGCUGACGUUACGUACGCAGCCGUGGCGUGCCUGCAAGCCAAAUAACAUGGAGUCCUCUGUCUGGCAUCUUCCAGGGAUCCAUGCAAGAAGCCCGAGCAGCGACUAAAAGAGCAAGUUUGUCCACGGGAGCGGUCAAACCCACAGCAGGGCAUCGUGCCGGGCCGGAAAAGCUUCAGCUCCGUCCCCAAACUAUGACGAACGGCGCUUAGACAGCCCGCUUCCUCUGCGACCCGCAAACCAGGCCGAUUUCUGUGAGUAUUUGGACUUAAAAAAGCUGCAGUUUCAGGGCGUUAUGGCUGUCAAAUACAACCGUGCGUGGAUGCAUUGUUGUUACAGUCACCUGACAGAGACCGGAUCGAUACGAGCCUCGUCCUCUGGAGAGUCAGACGCAGACCCGAGGGAUACCUUGAUGUGCCCGGGUAUUUUAUGCUUUUAGAGAGGGGCAGCAGGAAAGGACAUGGGCCUGAAUAUAAAGGCCACUUAUUUAUGUAACCAUUUGGGCGCACUGUUUCAUUCUUUAAGACCAGACAUAUUGAGAAAAUAGGUCAAGCAGUCCGAAAACUACAGCUGGAAAAAAGAGCUGAGGAGGAGCAGAGCUGAGCAGAUUCUGCAGAUUUAACACUUUUAUACACUGCUGAUAUACUUUAUGAUUCUUCUGAACAGUCUGCUGAGUGUAAAAAAUACUGUACAUGAAGGUGACUGCAGUAAGAAGCCCCCCCUUGUUUGUUGUGAUGAUAUUUGAAACUUUAAAUGCAUCAGAAACUUUUAUUCUUUCUUGUGUUUGUUUGUUUGUGUGUGUAUGUUUCAUGGUUGCAGAAGAAGAGGAAAAAGCACAAUGUAGGCCAGCUGGUCACCAGUGGGACUCCAUACUGUUCUCUGGGGGACCAUGGAGCCAGAAGGGCGACCCCUGACCCCAGGGACCAGCUAUGGGCCCCCAUCCUUCGACUCAGCACAAAACCCUGAUACUUUCCUCAGCUGCACCUUACAGGUUAGAGAUCAUCAUCAAACUGUCCUUGACUUAUACUCCAUUAAAUCUUUUCUUUGAGCACUAGUUAAAGGGAUAUUCUGGAGUAAAAUUAGUUUAGGGUCAAACACACCGAGUUAGACACCCCCUUGAGAGAUGAAUGUUGCCGACUGCUUGCUUCUCCAGUUUUACCAACUUUAGUAACUACCGCAGGAUAGCAAUACACAGCAGUCUGAGGAGCCAUAAACAAACCUCAACCAAAACGCCACUCUAUAGCCACAAAUAAUGCUCAGAACAGCACCUAACUUCAUCAACAGUACAUAUAGGGUCCAAGCCAAAACACUAGCCACCAAACAUCUUUUUAACUUUGCCUAAUUUCUUUCACAAAGUAGCUUAACACAACUCACCUUCUCUCUUCCAGCAGCCGUUUGUUUGUAGCGAGACCUCUGGCCAGUCCAGUACGGACUGCAGCGGGGGGACACAGCUCAUUUCUUCAUGGAAAUGCAAUCAGACUGAUACACUGAGGUAGAAGAACUACCGUGCCUGCAGUGCAAAAAGAUUAAUAUGAUGAUUAUUACUUCAAGGAAAUGAUUAAGUAAUGAUCAUAAAUGUUCUUCCUUGAGCUGCGUCACCCCGCUGCAGUCUGUAAUGGACUAGCCCGAGGUCUCGCUACAAACAAGCGGCUGCUGGAAGAGUGUAGGUGAGUUGUGUUUAGUCUCUUUGCUAAAGAAAUUAGGCAAAGCCAAAAACAUGUUUGGUGGCUAGUGCUGUAGCUGGGACCCUAUAUGUACUGUUGAUGAAGUUAGGUGCUGUUCUGAGCAUUAUUUGUGGCUAUAGAGUGGUGUUUUGGUUGAGGUUUGUUUAUGGCUCCUCAGACCACUGUGUAUUGCUAUCCUGCGGUCGUUACUAAAGUUGGUAAAACUAGAGAAGCAAGCGGUCUGCAACAUUCAUCUCUUGAGGGGUUGUCUAACUCAGUGUUACGGUGUGUUUGACCCUAAAUCAAUUUUAUGCCAGAAUAUCCCUUUAAAAAGAUCCUUCAUCCUAACCAGGUUGUGUUACAUACUUGAUUGGUCUGACUGGUCAAAACGUCAUGACAAAAGAGAUUAAUUCACAGUAACACAAGUAAUGCUGGGGACAACCUGAUCACACACGCCACAUUAAAUCAAUCCACAGAGAGAAGUCUGGUAUGUGUAAUCUCUGCCUGUUGACACUGUGGCCAAAAAUGUUAGUUUCAGUCUUAAACUGGUCUACAGAGUUGGAAAUAAAGACAGUUAGUAAGCACACAUAGGCUAUAAGAGCAGCAUGAGAAACCACUGGGCAACAACUCACUUUGAAAGGCAAAACUGGAGCAACAUGUCCUGCAAUCCAUGCAACAGCAGCAGAAUUAAGAGGAUGUUAAAAAAUACACCACCAGUUUAUUUAUUUUUUCUCUAUUAUCUAACCUUUAUUUAGCCAGAUUGCUUACACUGAGAUCAGAUAUUUUUUUUCUUCAAGGGAGACCUAGCUAAGAAUGGCAGCAAUAUUAAGUUUCACCAACAAAACAACUACACUUUUACAGAGGAACUAAAAUCAGUAAAAACAAGUUCAUCCAGAAAGCCUGACUUCUUGCGUUUCAACAAGGAAUUUAAGUACGUUCAGGCAAACUAAACCUAUCAUUGAACAGCUUUGCAUCGCUUCACAUCCAGGUUCUUCACAUCCUGUUGGGAUUCUAAUUUGCACAACGUUUAUUACCCCAAAUCCUUAGCACCAGUUUCAAGGACAAACUGCCUUUUUAGAGCCAGAAACCCUGGGCAAAACCAGACUCAUUGGUGGACAACCGUUUGCCAUGACCUGCUGAGUCCAGGAAUUCGCAUAGAGACAGAUGGAGACCAACACAAUGACAGGAAGCUUCCCAGAUGGACAGACAGCGACAAAACUUCGAGCAGACGGUGGAGGCUGGAAGUUGCAAAGCCAGUAAUAAAAACCAUAUUAUGACUAUCAUUACCAGCAGCAGCUGUAAUCAUGAUAAUGAAGCAUGACUGGUAACUGUAAUUGCAGCAAGGGGAGUCUGUCCACGGCAGCAGGCGGUCUGCAAUUUCAAUCCAUCACAAUCUGUAAGAUGAAAGGAUAGAAAAUUCUGAAGGAGAGAUAUACAUUAGUUAGUAACACACAUGAUAAGACAAAGAGGCGGUGUGUUCAACAGGUGUUGACUCCAGGUACACACGCAAAAGUAAAGACAGUUAAGCUUACAACUUUUGAAGAUCAAUGAUAGGUCGAUGUUUUUUAUUUGAAGCUGUAAAUUUUAUUGCGAGUGCUGACAUCUUUUUUUUUCAGCAUAAUAAGAAAUAGACAGAGAGUGAAAAAGGAGGGAAUAAGAAGAGGUGUUGUGGCAGUCCAAGCCUACAGCAGCAUACCUACGGCCAAAACAAUAUGCAAUUUAAAAAUAAGCCUCCUUUUAAAAGUAAAGUAGAUGUUUGCCUCACUCCUAGACUGAAAGAUCCCUCAUUAAAGGAGGGGCUUGAUGAUCAAAAGCUCUGCCUCCCAUACUACUUUUGGAGACUAAGGAUGCUCUCACCCUCGAUUGCCCCUUACCCUGCUGAAGUACACUUGCCCCUAGGACCCAACACCAGGCUGUAUUCCACUCACACGACUCCUGGUCUGGGCAGGAUUUUCUACCUCAUUAAAAGAAAUUUCUUUGUUAUAUAAUGUUCUUAUUUUGUAAGAAGUGAUGUACAUCAACAUGGAGCACAUGACUGAGGCCUUACCGAUUUAGUGUCAGAGUUUUUUUUUUUCUGCCAGUUUUGGAUUAAAUUACAGAGUCCUGGCUCUGAAAGGCCCUGUCUGCAUUUAAACAACAUUUACAGACAUUUAAAAAAUACUAAAAACAUCCAAAACAUUACAUUUAAUUUUAAUUUGUAAAGCUUGUACCAGAGUUUUUAGGGUUACGGAGCUGUCUUAUCAUUUUACCUCAUGUUUUAUUUGUUGUUAUAUGAUAUACAGACUGUGGAGAAAACCAUCUUCAAUGUUUAUUUUCAGUCUAAGCAGCAGAGCCUUCCACUUCCUCUUAUAUGUCAGUGUGGAGUAAGUGUCUCAAUCAUUUGUUCCACUCCCUCCGCCAGUUUGAGAGUCAUCUUUUUACUGUCUUCCCGCUCAUUUUUUGAAUCAAGGGGGAAUUUUUGGGACAGUAUUUGUAGAGCAAACCUGAUAUACUGGCAGCUUCAGGUCUGAUUGUUUUCUCUGAACCCCUCGGUUGAUGUGACAUGAGGUGUUUGAGAGGGAGAAUAAAAAAAUCAGGAGCUUUGAGGUCGCUCCAAGGAAGCGUAAUGUGCCUACACAUUGUACAGAGCACUCACUGUCCAAACAAACUGGACUUUAGGGGCCAGAUUGCAGAGUAUCAGUGCGCCCACAAGCAGGUCUGCCCUCUGUAGAAAUAAUAGAUCUUUACCGUCGAGUCCUCACUUGAUAGUGACAUUCAGUUGAAACAUUCGUCUAAAUUUUGUCUUGUCCUCUUUUAUCGCCUCCAGUCCUCGUGUUCUCGAGAUGUGAGUGAUGGCCUAAUGUCUCCUAAAUGCUCGUGGACCCCGGCUGAAGACGUGGGCCCCAAGCAGACUGAGGGCACAGACCCAGGGAGGAGCGCACAGAGGAGAUUCAGGUCCUCGGCCUUCCCUUCCUCCUUAAGCUGGGACUCUGACUCUGAAAAGGAAACACUAGAUGGUAACACAUGACUUCAUCUCUGUUUGAAACUUGUUGCACAUUUCUCAAGAUAAGCAGAGCAGUGAUUCAGAAGAUGUAGUCCGGAGCAGAGCAGAGGAGAGAGAGCUUAUCCUCGUUGUCCUCUUAUUGUUUUAAAUGUGAUUCAGUCUUUAUCUAGUCAGCGGUCUCUCAUCUUCCUCUCUCUCUCUCUCUCUGUAGUAUCUGAGUGUGACUGUAACUCUGACUGUAACUUUAUAAGCUGUGAAGUGAUGUUGUUGUGGUUGUGUGUUUCUGUGUGCUGCUGUGUGUCAGAGGAGGAGCUACAGCACUUUUCUAACCCUCAUGGUCUAGCUGCUCACAGCCCAGGAUCCCCUUCUUCUGGACUCAGGUGAGGAGGAGGAGGAUGCACAGGAGAGAGAUGUUGAGAGGUGUCAUUUGUAGUGUAGUACCAGUGAAAAAGGCAAGGCAAGUGUGAUUAUAAAGCAGAUUUCAGCAACACGGCAGUUCAAAAGUGUUUAACACAGACGUUACAAGAAUCAUGACAGAGAUCUAGAAAACAUAGAUUAGAUUCUUGAGAGCCAGUUUGAAUUGGCAAAGAAGAAGAAUAUGUUGGGCUGCAAAGGAUGCACCAGAUGCAUCUUCUGCUGCUCCAGAAAAGUAGAAAAUUUGUUGGCCACAUUUGAGGGAGCCAAGAAAAUAGGACAGCCUAUCAGUGACGCAAAUAGGCCUUUGAAGGAUGCAGCUUCUGAACUGAGACACCGCUAAAGUUUUAAACAAAGUACUAGAAAGACAAAACUUCUCUGACUUUUGGAUUAACAAGAUAAGAGCUCACAUGUUUAGUUAAGGAAUUAUUGUUCAGAAAGAGUUGCUGCUUUUACUCCUCACAAAGUCAUGAAUUGUUAUCCUGUCCAGACUUGAUAGUGAAGAGGACCGAGAGCCGGAAAAAUGGAAGCUCUUGCGCAGCGAGACUGACUCACCCGCCCCCAAUGAGGGGCACCACCACAUCAACAAUGAGAGCACAAAGACAGACGAGCCAAAUACAUCCCAGCCUGGUCCAACAGAAUGUAAGAGCCAUAAGGAAGAAACCGAAUCUGCUGGUAUCUCUGUGUUUAUUUUUAGGCUCCUUUCAUUGAUAAUUCGUCUGUUUUCUCUUCACAGUGUCAGACAGCAAAGUCUGGAAUGUAACUGAAGGAGCCGAGCUGUUUCUGUCCAAAGUUAAACCAAAGGAAGGUUGCCAAACAGACAGAGAGAAGGAGGAGGCAGACAAUAGCGAGGAUGAGAAGAGGCCCAAAGGGAAAGAAACCAAGGAGCCUGAGAGAGACGUAUACAGCUUCCCUGGAGACUCAGACCCUGAGAGUCCCCCUCCUGCUCCCUGGGCUCAUUGCACAUUCAUCCAGCGCUGCAGGAAGAAGAGGGUGCUGCUUAGGCCCUUCUCAGGACUGGGUACACUGAAGCGCACUUCACCUGUGAGCGGCAAGCGAGCAAGAGCGAGUCCACAAAAACCAAAACCUGCUGAUCCGGCACAGCUGGAUGGAAGUGGAGGGGUUUAUGAUUUUGAGGAGGUCGACUUUGACGAAUUGGACGAACCGAUAAAGUUCAGAGACAAAGGUGUAAAAAGAGACAAAGAGGGGAGCAGUAAAGAAAUCUUCACCUGUGUUGAAUGUAGCAUUUACUUCAAAAAGCAGGAGCACCUGCGGGAGCACAUAGUCGAGCACUGUGAGAAUGGGCCGGACGGGGGCAGGCGGUCAGGUAAAGGAGGACGUUUUCAGUGCGUAGAGUGUGGUUGGAGUCUCUCAGAUCGUCUCGCUCUGGCAGACCACCACAAACGCCACGAAGAGUCCCGACUAAAGAUCCUGGAGGAGAUCAAGAAACUGAAUGAAAAUGAGACAGAAGAGGUCGAUGCCAAGCUGGCGAAACACAUGAGCCCGGACUCAGAUAUUAAGCAAGAUGCCGGCCCAGCGUCGAUUCCAGGCAAAAUGUCAGACCCAGAAAUAGUCUCAUCUGCACCUCUUUCCCCAACACCUGGAGCAGAUCCAGUAGUUCUGGACUCUGAUGCAACUCCUCUAAGUUCAGUUCGAUCUCCCCCUCAGGCUUGUGCUGUUUCUGGAAACCGCCGCCGCUUCAUCUGCACCAAGUGCAACUUCAGCACAAGAACCCCGCAGGCGCUGGCCAAUCACACCAAGACCCACAACAGGAAAAAACCUCCACAGUCCAACUCACCAUCCUCGGGGUCACCAUCCUGCUCAAGAUCUGAUACUCUGUCCUGUGGUCACUGUGCCUUCAAGACCUCAAGUCAAUCUGUAAUGAGGGAACACCAGAAACUCGUUCACCAAGGACCGGCUUCCAUCAGUGGGGUGCAGACUAAUGAGACGGGCCAGCAUUUAAGAUCCAAUGUGGCUACUCGAGUCUCAAAACCCAGCCCAGAUCCUGAACAUCUCUCUGAAACGGAUGCAGCUCAAAGCAAAGGCCAGCAAGGACUCACAUCCCCUGAAGAUGGUGAUGCUGCUCGGCCCUCCAGCAGGAUGGUCUUCAGGUGUGGAAAAAACAGGAGAUUCAGCAGAAGAGGGAAGAUCUGGACCAACCAGGUCAAGUUUCAUAGCAUGGAGAAUGAAGAGGAACCGCCUAGGAGUGAAGAAGAGCAGGAAAGAGAUCAAAGCACAGCGCUUGAGAUAGAAAGUCCCCAACGAGAAGCUGACUCACCUGUAGAAGGGAAAUCAAACACCAGAGUCCAGUCAAACACAGGUGAGACCAAAGGAGUAAAGGUGACGGGGGUCCAACUUGUCACUAAUUUUAAAAAAUUACCACAUCAUGAUAAAAAAUUUUUUUUUCAGCUUCCAGCAUUUGAUAUGUUGUCUUUGCACAAUUCUAGAUUAAAAAAUGUGGUAAAAGCGAUUUGCAAAACUUUUAAUCUAAUAUCACCAACGUUUUGCACAGUAUUACAACUAUUCUGGAAUUGGGGUUGUAAAAUUACAAUCCUAGUUUACUCAUAUUUCAGUGUCUAUUGUUGAUGCUCAUAAGGGAUCCUCUUUCUACUCAGUAUUUACUCUUUUUUCCUUUUAGAUGACGGUUCAGCGCAGCAGAGUCCCACAUUGUCCCUCCCUCCUGAGAAAAGCGUGAAGGACGAAGAUGCGCCGGAAGACGAGAAAGACGCAAAGGUUUUCUUUUUGAGGAGGAGCAACCGGGUUACCGCCGCUUCUGCGGAGAUUGAUAGCGAUGACGAUGAAUAUGACAUUGAUGAGGAGCAUGUGCGACGUUUACUGUCAGAGGGCAUCUUGGAUGAAGACAACGACAAGAUUGAUGAGGACACAGAGACGCUUAAGAGUGUGGAGAGGAAAUGCCCCUACUGCCCCGAUCGAUUUCAUAAUGGCAUUGGGCUUGCCAAUCACGUGAGAGGCCACCUGAACCGAGUGGGCGUCAGCUACAAUGUGCGUCACUUUAUUUCCCCCGAGGAAGUCAAUGCGAUCGAGAAGAAGUUCUCCUAUCAAAAGAAGAAGAAAAAAGGUCAGCGGCUUGUUGUUUGCAUGGGGGUCUUCUUCUGUGUCGAUGUAAAGCAACUGCACAAGCUUAGACAAACUGUAUAUAUGCUUAGCAUAAUGACCCUGAGCAGCUGUGGGGUACAUUAGCCACAUAAUAAUCCACUUUAGCUGCCUCUGAAUUCUGUCAAUUCAGAUUUAGCUCCCUGUUUGGAGCCCCCUUCUUCAUAAUCUAAUACAUGAUGACCAGUCGGAGCUCCUGAUGUGAACUGCUUUUAGAGGUUCUGGGAAUAACAUUAGACUGGGUUAGAAAACACUUUUGACAGCAAAUCACAAUAAAUUAACAUUAUUAACGACAAACUAGGAACAUUUUAGUCAAUCGGGAUGGAUCAAACAGCAGGUAAUACAGCAGAAAGAGCAACAGGGCUAUGAAAAGAAAGAAAAGUCCUUUCAACAGGCAGAUCGCUCGAACAGAACUGGGCAGAAAGGUGAAGUAGUGUCUACUCUGUUUAGCAGGGUGGAGGUAGUUGCCAAUAGAUGAUCAACAUGUAGACAAGGCUUUUGCAACAAUCCAAAACUUAAGCUAGAGCACAUGAACAUGUUAAGCAUGAACCUAUAUGCAGACUGCCAUUUGUCUCAAUGUGGCCGGGCAAGGAAGAUGAGUUAGAUAGGUACAAAAUUAGUGAUAGGUUUUCAGCCAUCUGCCUCAUGGCCAGCAGACUUUCAACUGUAAAUGGUGCAAUGCUUUUUAGGCAACACUGAAGCCUGCUUCUGAAGAUGCAACUACCUAUGACAGAGUAAGGAAAAUAUUUAAGCCAAAAUCCCUGAGAAGAGCCAGACUCAUACGUCGACAGCCUCAACUAGCUGUGCUGAGACCUUGAAAUAGAGAGACAGAAAGAAUAAUUAUCGAGACAAAUAUACAGUAAAAUCCUUGGUCCGAUUAUAAUGACAAAGAGUGAUGCCCAAAAACAAAUACACAGGCAGCAAGAACUACAGGCUGAAUUAGACUCAGGUGUGUAGCCAUCUACCCAAUGACCAGCAUAUUUUCAGCUGAAAAUAUUGCAAAGCAUUUCAGGCAGUAUUAAAGGGUGAUUUUAAAUAAGCAAAUAGUUGUGACAGAAAAAGUUCAGUUGUAACAGGUAGAAACUUUAAGCCGAACUAGACUCAUAGGCAUACAGCCAUCUGCCUCGUGAUUGGCAGAGUUUGCUGUCAAUUGCAUACAUCAAUAUAGGCAAUUUCAAAGCCUGCUGCUAAAGAUGCAGUGACCAAUGACAGAAAAAGAAAAAGAACUUUGUUUAAACAGACAGAAACCUUUAGCAGAACCAGACCCAUAUGUAGACAGCCUUCUGCAUCAAUUAUCUAGACCAGGAAAGUUUUAGUAGAUAGUGAUGGAGACACAUGGAUGGACUGUGGAAAUCUGCUUCAGAAAUAAGAUUAAAAAGAGUUACGGACAGAGACAAAAAAGUCAGACAGAAACAACCUUUUGCAGAGCUGGACUUACAGAAAGUCAGAAAAAGUAAUGGAUGGUGACAGACUGAAGCAGAAGUAAAUUUAUUGUUGGUCUGCCAUCUACCUUUACCAGUUUACAGUGAUACAAUACAGCACUGUAUAUUCAGCCACAUGUCUAAGUCACACUGGUGUUCCCCCUUUUUUCCACAGUAGCCAACUUUGAUCCAGACACAUUCAGCGUCAUGCACUGUGAGUUCUGUAGUGCAGGCUUCGACACCCGGGCUGGUCUCUCCAGCCACGCUCGGGCUCACCUCCGUGACUUUGGCAUCACUAACUGGGACGUGACCAUCUCACCUAUCCACAUCUUAAGGGAGUUGUUCUCCAGUAGGCCAGACCUUGUAAUCCCCACUGCUCCCCCGAAGGAAGAGGGGGAGGAGGAGGAGGACGACGACGAGGAAGAGGAAGACGAGGAGGGGGAGGAGGAGAGGGAAGCAGAGGAAGGCAGGAAGGGGGUCAUUGAGGUAAAACUGGAAGGAGAAACAAGUGAAAGGAUGCUGAGUGCUGCCGUCACUGAUGCACUUCCUUCAGCAUCUCCACAACACUGCAAGAAGGAGGAUGUUGAAGAAGAAAGUGAAGGUAAGUUUUUACACUUUUUUCCAAACAUUUUCAGAAACUAUUGAUAAAAACUGGAGGCACACACUCAAGAGAGUCAACUCUUUUUUGAAAACUCCACAAACCUCUUUCAAAAUAACACAGCGCUAAAAAUUCUGUUCUUUCUUCUUGAAGAUGGAGUCCUAAGUACUGAAGAUGUAAAAAGCAUGAAAUUAACACUGAUAUGAUUAAUUAAGAAUGCUUACAUUAAAAGUGUUUUUGUGUGUUUUGGCUAAUUUGGGCAAUGUUAGAUAUUUUAAAUGCACACAAGUGUGUAAAAAUAAGGCUACCUUUUCUCUUUUUGGUGAAGUGUGGGAUCUUUUGUCUUGGUAGAGCUUUUACCACAUACCACCAUGUGCAAUACACACAUCGUUGGUUUUGAAAAUAUUGGCUCCGCUUUGCCUUCCACUUCCGCCUCAGUGGGCUCCGCUGCCUGCAAGGUCUCUUUAUUCUCAUGCUUCCUCUUCCUCUGUAUGCUUACACACGUGCAUAAGUCACUCUUUUAUACUCUGACAACUGAUUGAAGUGUUACUCCAUUUGAAUUUGCAUAGGGGCAGAAUUAGUGGGACUUACUGGUAACUAUGGUGUUGGAUUUCAAUGGUUAGUCCUUUUAAGUGUGCUAAAAGUUGUACUUUGUGUUUAGAGAUUCGCAAAUCUGCAAUCUAACAUGAUAUUUCAGUGAAAGCAAUAGAACCAAGCUUGGAGUUAAGCUAAUAGGAAUCAUGUUGGCAUUGCAUGAGCUUCAAGACUUCAGAGUAUUGUGCAUAGUGCUUUUUGUGUGGAUAAUAUGAGGGGAAAUCAUAAUAUGGAUCCUUUUUUGAAAGCAUUUUUUUUCUGUUCAUUGGCUGUGUGGUUAUUUGGUUUGUUUCUGACAGUGUACUCAAAAGGGUAAAGGGGUGAUCACUCCCCUUAUGCCCUCAUGUCUGAAAAAAUGCCACUUCGUGCCCUCUUAGAUGCCUUUGUAAUAGAUAAAACAUUAUAAAUCGCUCUCUCUGGAUGUCCUUCCAGAGGAUAGAAUCUAAACAGAGUGCCUCCAAAAUAGCCUACCAGAGGUUAAAUUCACUUAAAAUGUAAAAAGAUUGUCAUCUGGAGUACCCACCAGAUGCCCCUUAAAUGGAUGGAGUUUAAGUGCUUGAAUUGUGAACAAGUUCCCAGAUGGAUGCCCUACUAGUUGUAAAAUUAGCAAAAGACAAAAAAAGUACCUUUGAAUGUCCAACCAGUGGAUAAAGUGUAAAAAGAGUGCCCUCUCAGAUGCCUUUGAAGUGGACAGAAAACUAUCACAACCUGCCCUCUCAAUUAGUGGCUAAAAUAUCAACAAAGUGCCAACUGGAUGUCCUUCCAGUGUUCAGAAUGAGUUCCCCCUAAACUUCCUAUAAGUGGUUAAAAAGUAAACAGUGUGAUCCGGAUGCCCUUUAAGUGGAAAAAAAACAAACUUCCCUUCAGAUGCCCUUCCAGUUGAUUUGCUGUAAGUGACCUCUCAAAUGCUUGUCUUGUAAUUUAAAUGUAAACACAACACCCUCUGAAUGCCCUUUAGCGGACAGAAAGGAAAGCCCUUUAUAUGGCCCUCUGGUGAAUACGGUGUAAACAAAAUGAACCUCUCAGAUGCUCCCACAGUGGAAAACAGAAAAAAAGGGGUCUAAAUGACCUUAGAAUAGAUACAGUGUAAAUGGAGUACCCACUGGAUGACCUUCCAUUGGUUGAAGUGUAGGGGAGAGUGGGGUAAGAUGAGCCAUUUUUCAUAUUUCGGAUCACUACAUCAAGUCAAUCAUAGUUUUGUCUCUAACUAAUGUAUCUGCGUAUAUUUCAAGAUAUUGUUCAUCCCUGCAAACCAAUAGAAUGAGUGUCUCCUAUGGUCAACUUACCUCAUGUAUGGGGUAAGCAUACAUACAUACAUAAGCAACAUUCACAGCUGUAUUUCUGAAAAGAAAAAGUAACACCUUUCAACAAUCUGAACUGAAACUCUGAUCCUCUCACCAGACUCCUUUACUCUCUCAGUUGAGCCACUGACUCAACUUACCCCAGAACUAUUAUUAUGACUUUUUUUAGUCCUCUAAACUAAAAUGGUGGACUUUUAUUCUAGGUCUUUGACCUCAUGUUGUAGCUCAUAGAUACCAAAAUUGAUGUUUAAAACAAAUUUAAAAUGAUCUUUUUUGGUCUGAAAACAAUUCAGAUAAAACUUGUAACAGACUAAAUUCACUUUCAAGAGUGAAAAAUGAUUUUUUUGGAAAUAAAUGUCUAACCCCUUCACUCAUGUGCUUCUAACCUUCACAGACUCCAUGAAUUGAUGCCCAUCGCCUAAAUAUUUGGUCACACAAUCAAUUUCUUUUACCUUUUCCAAGCAACAAGGGGUGGCUCAACUUACCCCACUCUCCCCUAUAGUAGUGCCCUCUUUGGCGUCCUCCUAACGGUUCCUAUUUUAUAAAAUCCACUAUUGUUAAUUUCACCUGGUUAUAUAUACUAGUUUUGUGUCUUGAAUUUAAUGUUUAAGCUUUAAAUGGCAUAUAGUAGGUGCCCUUUCGUUUCCUUUGACCCUUGCCCUCUAACACCACUGGUUGCUGAUAGUUGUUACCUGGUGACCAGGUCAGUGUUGGACAUAAGACUCAGUACAGCUCCGUGAUAACAUCUUAAAGGAUGAAAGAAGACUAUUUGGAUGCAUAAAGCAGUCAGAUAUAAGAGUUUAAGCGCUGGUUGUCUUCUUUUGAUGAGUUUGUGUGCUUUUUAUUGCCUUUUGAGCACAGUCUAUGAUGUUGAAAUGAGUAAGCUGUCUGUAAAGUAAACCAGCCCUAUCAGGGAGCGCGUGAGUGCGUUUGUGUGUGUAAGAGAGAUAGAGAAAGGGAGACAGAGUCCCUCGUGCCCAUGGUUGAUGUGGCACUCGGUGCAUUUAUCCCAACCUCCGCCUCCACUCGAUUGGUCACGCCUUAGCUUAGCGGUGCAUAUGGGGGCAAAAUGGCUGCUUCCACCUCCCCGUAGACCCAAACAAUAGCGGAAAACUGUCUGGCCUCAGCUGCCGGGAGUCCGAUGCACUGCGGUUGCGGACCGGUGAGUACCGCGCGCUGUAAUUCCUGUGCACCGCGUGCCCUCAGAUCACACGGCGGCGUUGCUUUACGCGUCUCGCACCGCAUCUUCCGUCACAUUGAAUCCAGACUACAGCCAUUAAAAAAAGAAACUCUUGAAUAUGUUAGAGCUCGUAAAGAAAAUCAAUGCCAGCCAUGCAGGUAGCCCAUGUCAUGCAUGUCAAAAGCUCAUAAAGCUGCUCUCUGACGGUGUUUGUGGUGUUUCCGUUUGGCACACGCGGAUCGAUAGUGGUGAUUAGUCCGCUGUUGUGAUAUUGUAGUUGUAGUUUUUGUGCGUCCUCAAUGUCUGUGAGCUUUUAUUGUGCCCGUCUGGGAUGACGUCCAGUAUUUUCAGUGCUGCAGGAUCUCUAAAAUUACCUACAGUUGCCCAAUCCUCGCCAUUUUACUUAGCUUUGAUUUUUGAUAGAGGACACGCUGUGCUUUCAAGUGCUCGCAUUUCUUCAUGUUUUAAGACCAAACUAACACCAAAUCCUCCGCUAACUUUGCAGACUGAGAGCAAUGAUAGUCUGUAAUCUUAUUACAACUUAUCCGGAUCAACUAAGUAAUGGAAGUAUCACUUUUACUUGGAAGUGUGGGGUCGGUCAGGGUUACUCCUCCUGGAUGGGUGGCUGUAAAGUCAAGUUAAGGCUUUGCUGCUUCGCUCCCUGUUUUAAAGGAUCAAAGUCUGAUAAUGCUUUGGGGGUUUUUUGUCUUCUUUUAUAAUAGAUGGUGUUAUAACGCUGCGCUUCGGGGUGUCACAUCGCCGCUCUUUUACAGUCAGGAGAUGAACUGACAAGCGCAGAGCCGCCCACCAGACAAAAAGCAUUGUCUGUCUCCACGUCUCUUUGAUUUACCGAUUUGUCGCAGAAAAUGGCACUUUUGUCCCAGGAAUGCCUGACUGCGGGGAACAGAGAGAGACUGCCAUGUUUGUUUCAUACACUACUGCAAUUAUUACUUUUUUUUUUUUGACAGGGAAUCAUGGCUCACAUUAUUUUUAUCCACAUUUUCUUACAGUAGAGGCUGAAAUAAUGUGCUGUUAUUACAAGAAGCAAUAUGUUUGAUCAGAAGGUGGCCAGAUUUCUGAAAUGAAAACAGGAGGUGCCCUGUUGUUAUUUUACCCUCUGUUAUUAUCUCAGAAAGAAAAAAAAGGUGGAGAAUUGAGGUUUUGUGUAUCAUGACUGAGGUAACUGUUAGGAUGUGAUAUACUGCUGUGCAAAUUGAUAGAAUUGGGUAUACCAAUACCAACACACUAACUUGUCAGACUCUACAAUUGCAUCUAUACUUUUUCCUCUUUUACUGUUCUUUCUAUCUAGCCUCAUUUCAUCCCAUAUUCCUCCACCCUACCUGAAGAGAUGUAAGCCGUACAUAAAUGUAUUCUGGACUAGAGUAACCCAGUCUUAAAGCUGUCAUUGUAUAAUAUGCUAUAUUGGAUUAAAAAAAAACAGUGAAUGAAAUUAUGUUGUAUGUUCAGAGUUUAAGUAAUAAGGUACCCACAGGGCUCAACAGUGCUACCAUUUCACUUCAUUUGCGACUAAAAAUAGAUGUGUGCGAAUUGUAAAAUAUAUUUACCCACUGCGCAAUGUGACGUCGAAAUGACAUCUAUUUGAUGUAUUUUUUCGACAAUGAGGGGCAAAUGUGGACGUCAUUUCAAUGUCUAAAAGAGGUCCAAUAAUGACAUCUAAAUCUUGGAUCUAUUUUGCACAUUGUGCCGACGUCCUAAUUCGGGCUUCAGAUGACGUCCAAAUUCUUAAUGUCAGAGCGACCUCCAAAAAAGGUCCAAUUUGGACGUUGAAAUUUGUAACCUAUUUUGCACGUCGCACUGACGUCUAGAUGUGGUCUUUGACGGACCAACCCAAUACUGACUCGUCUUUUUGACGUCCGAUGUUUGGUGGGUAGGGGCACAUAAAAAUUUUUAGCCAUGGCAACAAAUGUUUUUUCAUGUAUAUUGUAUAUUUCAUGAUAUAUUUGAUGGACAUUCACUGCGGAUCUACCGGUGUCUUCUCACUCACAUAACCGGGAAUAGCAACAGCAGCGUGGUUAAAUUUACUCGGCACCCUCGCUGUCAACGUUGGGUGUUGACCAUCAAUAAAUUACCGGUUGAUGGUCUCAGAAAAGGAUGUUUUCCUUCAACAGCUUUCAUGUCAUGUGACCAUUUGACUUAAAAUUGAUUUCAAAUAAUAGUACUUAUGUCGACCAAUAAGACACACAUUAUUUGAUUAAUUUUCAUUGUGUCCCUAAACUUCUUUGUGUGCUCCUUAUUUCUUCAACUUAGAAUGUGCCCCUUGUUACAAAAAGUUAGUGUCAAGCCCUGACCCACAGGAGUCGCUUAGUGGUCUGUGCCCAUGUCCCACACACAGAGGUCAUACUGCCAUGCAGACAUCCUGGGUUUAAGUUGGACCUGCAGCUCUUGCAUGUCUCUCCCCCUAUCCAUAAUGAAUGUCCAAGUUAGAAGGUGACACCUAUUUGUCAAAUUGCCUGCAAAAAUGUGUCACAUCAACUUGGAAAAGACAGAUGUUAGAUACUAAAUCCAAAUUCCAAUUUUCCUGGAAAGUUUCUCAGACUUUACUGUCUAAUGAUGCACCAAUGUAUUAGUUCAACAUCAGUACUGGUAAAUAUCAGCCUUGUUAACUGACAUCGACUUAUCAGAUCGUAAUGUAUCAUGCACGGAUGUCAGUAGAUGUAAAUCUGGAUAGCUAGUACAGCUUACUACUGUUUCAGAUAACCAAUAUGUUUUUAGAGACAGCUUCAACUUGUCCACCUAAAACAAGGAUGCAUGGUCACACCACUUCACUAGAGCUCUAAAGACUGGGUGUAUUCCUCUGCUGUCACUCUUCUUCUGCGUCUUUUUCUAUAUUUUUCAUGAACUGAAAAAUCUGUCUCCUUGCUUUGAGCGUGUCCUGAUUGAAGCAUGGAAAUUAAAAUCAGAUUUGUGGGACAUUUUUAAGAGGAUUUAUCGUCCCAGUCACUCAGUAGGUGUAAAUGACAUUUUAAUUAAGACCCUUGUAUGGAUUUGUCUGUGAUGUUUUAGGUGAGGAGGAGGAAACAAAUGAGGAAGAAGAUGAGGAGCCGGACGGUCUGAGCCGGGGGAAAACAGGGCUGUGCAGAGUGGAUACAGACAGCCCCUCUCCUGGGGAGGAUGCAGACACUAAGGGUGAGAGAGAAAUGACCCCCGAGUGUUGACAAGGGAUUGGAUUUGCUGUAGCAGAGUCUUAUCAGAGCUGUCAGAGGGGAAAUUGUAAAGACUGACCUGAGGGUGGUGAAGAGGCGUGGUGACACACAUCAGAGAGGGCUGGUCCCCAGAGACAGGUAGGCAAAUGUGUUGCGGAGCUAAUGAGAGCUUUCUCUACCAGUGUCGCUGCAGACUGGGUGAGGACAGGAGGGUAAGUGAGGUGAACUGUCCUCUGGGACAUCUGCAGCCACCUGCUGUUGCUCUGCAAACUUUGUUUUUAUUCUGCUCUGUGCUUAAAGAAUAAAUGACAAAGGAUAUAUAUAUAUAUAUAUAUCAGGAUUGUUUAUGUAGAUUGCCUGUCAUGGUACCCACUGGAAAAGCAGCAUAUAAACCUGAGGGCAGAAUACACUCAGUCAAAAGCCCUUUCACCUCGCAGAGCUCUAUGACCUUGAUAAAUGUGUUUGUUUUUGUUGUUGCUGGGCUUUUUUGUUUUCAAUGAUAAGUUAAGGAUGUAACAAAAUAUCUUUGUAACACGCACGAAAACUGACUGAUCAAGGUCACUGAGGACCAGCAAGUCCAUUGUGCUCCAAGGUAAAACGCCUGUCUGUGUAGUCUGGUGUCUUUGAGGGAGCAGUUUGUGCGGGAUGCACGAUAAUAGACUUUUGUUGAAUCCAAUAAACUAAUGUUUUUAAUCUCAUUUUGGCUGGUACUGAUACCGACAGCAAACAUAGUACAUCAUUGUCCUGCUUCAUGAAAGGCCGGUUAUCAAGAGUUCUAUAGAUUUUAUAACUUGACUAUUAUUCAUGUCGAAAGCAGCACUAAGCUAGAUUACUCCAUACAUCAUGACAGAAUUAAUAUAAAACACUUUCCAGACUUGGUAAAAGCUAAACAGCCAAUCAAAGUGAAGUAACACAUGAAGAAAUAGUGACUUUAUUUACAGCCAUUGCACAGCAUGCUUAUGAACUAUCACACAUUGACAAGGCUGCCUGCAGUGUCUGUAGACUCUACUUGUUAUUCUUUUUCAACUGGCUUCGUGAGCACAGCGAUCAAUCAAUGACAACGGUUUUAAAAUGCCAGGAAUUGGCUAACCCGAUUAACUGUUCAGUCUGUUUUUGUGAAAAUCACAUUAGUUAUCUGUACAUAUAAACUAACUGGUGGAUCAGAAACUCUGGGGUCUUGCCAGGUCAAAUGCAGCGACUUAGCGGAGCCGCUCUUUCAGUCAUGUGGUUUCUAAAAUAUACAAAAACUUGAUUUUUGAAUAACCAGAUAUUCUGUGUCUUUUAUAGUCCACAAACUGAAGUGUGAGGUGUGUGGAGCUCGGUUCGAGACCAAGCGGGGAUUGUCCAUCCACGCCCGCUACCACCUGCGCCAGCUGGGCAUCGGCGUGUCAGAGCAGAGCGGGGCAGCCAUCACACUCCUCCACCAGAUUGCCAAGGAGCGAAACCUCAACAGAGAGCCGCCGGCAGCCAAGACCUCCUCCCCAUCUGAUCCUCAGAAAGAUGAGGUGGUAGACGACAUGGACUUGGACGAGAAACCCAUCCCUCUGUCUAUCCUGGCCAAAGCAGCGAAAUCAGCACCACCUUCCUCCUCCUCCACGCCUACACCCUCUCCUGGCGCCUCCCCUGCCCCACCUCACUCUGGAUCUCCUCCCUCUGUGGUGAGAAAAGCCCCGAUUUCCUCGCUGCUGCCGGUGUCUUCCCCCUUGCGCUCUCUGGAGCACAAGGCCGGGGGAAUGAAAAGUUUGACCUCCAACCUCUCGUCCUCCAUCACGACAUCCAAACCCCUCUGGGCCCCGCAGGAGGAUGACGCUCCUCUCAACCUCAGUGAGUGUCUCUCAUAACUUUUUUUUUUUUUUAACUCUCUUCAUUUACUUUGCUUGAAGUCUAAGUUUAGUUCUUUCUUCUCCACAUGCAGCUCUGGAGGUGGACGCCAACAAGGACAUCGUCUGUCAGCUGUGUGGCGCCUGGUUUGAGACCCGUAAAGGUCUAUCGAGCCACGCCCGAGCCCACCUGCGGCACUUCGGGGUGGAGUACUCAGAAUCUAAGGGCUCUCCCAUUGACCUCCUGAACCAGCUCAUGGACAGUGAUGACUUCAAGCACAAGGCCGGGUCUCUGCAGCUGGACGACCACACGGAACCACGCGGCCUCAACUCCACCCUCUCCUCCCAUAAGCAGUCCUCCCUGCUGAACCUCUCCUCCUCCUCCUCCUCCUCUUCAUCUCUCCUCUAUAAGGUGACCACAGCCAGCGGUGGGUCCACAUCCAAAGCUACCUCUUCCUCUGCCUCGUCUCUACUCGGCCCGCCUGCCAAGAGGCUCAAAUCUUCCUCCAUGAGGGUCUUCCGCCUGAGCAGUGGGGAGCUCAUGGCUCUUCCUCACAGUGAGUGUUGAUCAGAGAGUUUUAUGUUACAGGAUGGAUCCUUCACACACAGUGAUCAGAUUUUCUUUUCAUAAAUAAUUUGUUGUCAGUUUAUAAGCUGGGGUUGUUCUUCUGGAGGUUUUGGGGUUUAAUAGGAGACAUUAACUCCACAGUGAUCCCUAAUCUCUUAGAUGAACCUCCAAAGGAAAUCGGCUGUGAGUUCUGUGGAGAAUAUUUCGAGAACCGUAAAGGCCUCUCCAGCCACGCCCGCUCCCACCUCCGUCAGAUGGGCAUCACCGAGUGGUCGGUCAACGGCUCGCCCAUCGACACCCUGAGGGAGAUCAUUACCAGACGGGGCCUGCCCCGAGCUCUUCCUCCAAAGCCUCUAAAAACUCCCCCUUCCUCCUCCCCUGGACCUCCUCGCUCCCCUGUCUCUGCAUCCUCCUCUCCUUCUUCCUCCCUCAUCAGUCGUUUGCCCUUUGCCUUUGCACGCCCCUCGAGUCCCCCUCAACCCGCCGUGUCUAAAUCCAGCCCGGCACCGCUGACGUCAUCAAGUGGGCUUAUCCUGAAGCUAAAACCAGAACCGGUACAGCUGGAGGUGACGGCGCCUGGAGCUGUGGGGAGAUCGGCUGGUCGUUCCUCUGAAACUCUCACCUGGAACAGCUCUGACAGCAUGUUCCCCCUCAACCUGGGUAACCUCAGUCCUUGUUUGUGAACAUUUUGUGAAUUACACUUGAUGACUGUUUCGCAGAUAUUUAGACGAGAAGGUUAAUACCACUUUCAUACCUGUACCACGUUGGUGAAAUCAAGUGUAUUGCAGAUGUGGUAAUUUGCAUCAAUACAGUAAUACUUGGAGUAGAUGUGAACUCAAAUUUAAAUUCUGAGGGCACUUUGAUAUAUCGUUUCAAAAUUACCUAAAGUUUGCUCUGUGUACACUUAACGACAUUUACAAGCUGACCAAACUGUGUUAGGAGCUGGAAAAAGAUCUCUAAGCUCCAACUCUGGAGUGGACCAAACACCCAAAAUCUGGUCUUGAAAACUGGGGAUCUUGAUUUGCUUCCAGGCGAACUCUGGUGCAGUUCAUUUAAGGUGUAGAGCGAAGUGGACCAACUUACAAACUAAAGGUGGGAAGUGGUGUAAAACACACCUCUAACCAUGGUAGUGCAUCCAGGUGAAAAAAACAAAAACAGUUGAAAAAGUUCUUGACAUAUUCUUUUUUAGAGAAACUCAAAGUCCAGUUUUUGUAUCCAUCUGCUUUUUUUAAUGAUUACAAGCACAUCAUUUCUUAUUUUUUAGCGUAUAAUAUCUCUAAAUAAAACAUUCAUCAAGAAAAAAAGGUGCACCCUCACAGUCCUUUAGUUAUGUCUGCAGCGUUUAACACAUGCUGGACUAGCCACAGUAGAGGGUCAGAUCCAGAAAAGCACAACAUUCAGCAGACAGGUGGGACUGAGGUUGGUCUAUGUUCGUACUACCAUCAAACUCCACCAGGGUCUGGAUAAAUUGGAAAAAAACUCUUGUGAAGUUGUCCGAGUACUGUUCUUUGGUGCACACCAGAUUAGAUUUAUAUCUUAAACACCACUACAACAAACCAGACAGACUCUGGUUCAUUUAAACCGGACCAAACUUUUUGAUAUGAGAGCACCCUAAGCUGUAACCACAAAAAGUCAGGUUCGAUGUUUUUAACUUUCUCUCUGGACUGUCCACAGCUAUGACGAAUGAAGUGGAGCCCACUCGAGACAUCCGCUGUGAGUUCUGUGGAGAAUAUUUCGAGAACCGUAAAGGCCUCUCCAGCCACGCCCGCUCCCACCUCCGUCAAAUGGGAAUCACUGAAUGGUCAGUCAACGGCUCACCGAUUGACACCCUGAGAGAGGUCAUGCACAAAAGAGGGGCCGGCCCCUCUUCCCUCUCAGACCAGGGGGUGAAGAAAGAAUCAAACCCAGGAGCCAGCAGUCCUCCGUGGGAAAGCUACGGCAGCUCAGAGGGUCUCAGCGCUUCAAGCUUCCAGUCCAAAUAUCGUAAAUCUCCCCUCAGUUUGUUGCAGUCAGGAUCCAGACUACACAAGCAGGGCCUGGGGUCUGUCGGCACAUCUGCUACCCUAUCAGGAGGGAAGUUUUUCAGGAUGUCUCCUCUAGGAAAAAGACCCCUAUCUGAGGGGGGUCAAUCAGUAGACACUGGCCACUCCUCGCCACAUCACCUGAAGACCUUCUCGUCUGUGCCACACGACUUUUCCUACAAGAGAAAACCUUCCCCGGAUAAACACGGACACCAAGGUGAGCCAUUCAUGCUUGAUUUUAUUAUAUUAUACACACUGAUACACUGAAGCUCUUUAGCUUUCUAUUUGUGGAGAAAAAAAAACAAUGAAUUGGAAUUUGAUGCCAGGAAAACAUUUCAUUAAGUUGGGACAGGGGCAUGUUUGCCAUUAUGUUGCAUCACCUCAACUUUCAACAGCUCUCUGCUAAAGUUUGGGAACAGAGAAGACCACUUUCUGGAGAUUUGAUUGUGGAUUGUGUCCUUGUCUGUUCUGGGUCUCCUUUGUUGAAGCUUCUGUUUUAUGAACCAUCAAAUGUUUUCAUUAGGGUGACAAGUCUGGACUUGUAGAACUUGGACUAGGCAGGCCAGUCUGUCACCCACAUUCUUCCUGCUUCAGAGCCAUGCUGAUGUAACACCUGCAGAAUAUGGUUUGUUAUUGUCUCGCUGAAAUAAGGGGGUCUUCCCUGGCUAUCUAUGCACCCCCUAUACCACUAUGGCUUUUUAACAGUGUGCUGAAACAGGCAGGAUAGGAGAAUAUGGUGUCCAUGAGUCAUUGAUUCAUGAGCAUUUUUACAUGGUUUCAUUGUUUUUUGCAUUGGUUGACUUUUAACCAACAUUUGUGGAUGCAGUGAUGAACUGUGGAUUUUGAGCCCAUGCGGUGAUUUCCUCUACAGAGUCACUGUUUUUUUUAAUGCAGAUCGUCAGUGUCUCUCUUGCGAAGAGAUUUCUUCAUAUUUUGGGAAAUUUUCAGUUAUAGUGCUGAUUAAAUUCUCAAAUUUGUGCAGUUUUCUCCUCAGAAACAUCCAGAAAUUAUUGACUCAUUUGCUCACACAGUCUCUCACUGGUGGUGAACGUUGUUACAUUUUUAUCCAAUCAUCUUAGUAGUUUCCUUUUUAUACCAAUUUAUGCUCUUAACCUGCUGCAAACAAAACCAAUUAUUUGAGAGAUAUAUCUGCAGAAGUUGUUUGUCAUAUUACACAACUUUUUCAGUUUUUUGUCCCUGUCCCAAAUUUUGAAAAAUUAAAAAAAUGCUUUUUUAUGAAAUAAUAAAAUCAUGCUGGGAUUGUUUUUGAAAUGCAGGGUGGGACAAGAGAAACUUUCAAAGCAUCUGCAAAGUCUGAUUGCAGAUUUGGAUACAAUGUGAAAUGUCCCAAACAGAGAGAUAAAAUACUGAAUAAUGAUAUAAUUCAUGUUCAUCCUUGAAAAGAUUGUUGAAUAAUUUUAACAGGACUUUUUUAUCAUUUUCAAAACCAAAAGAAAAAGUUUUUUUCUGUAAUGAGACCCCUCUCCUUCAUUGAAAACUGUCCAAGGCUGGUUCUUUGGGUCUGGGUUUCUUCUCUUUAUAAAGUACUCUCCUUUUUCUACUUUCUCUUCUCUUCGUUUCAGACCCCAGUUGUGAGCUGUGCGGCUUCUACUUUGAGAACCGUAAAGCCCUGGCCAGCCACGCUCGAGCCCACCUAAGGCAAUUUGGCGUGACUGAGUGGUGUGUAAAUGGCUCCCCCAUCGAGACGCUCAGCGCCUGGAUGCGCAGCCGGCCUCAGAAGGUGUUGGAGAUGCAUCGCAGCUACAUGCAGGGCAGCCGCUCCACCCUGAAGAAGGUGAGAAGCUGGUAAUCCGUUUGAGAGUGAUGCCUGAGGUCAGCGCAGGUGCUGCUCUAAGCACUUCUUUAUCUCUGCUCUCUGACACCUCGGCUCACUCUUUUGUUGCCAGUGUGGAGUUUCCUCGGAGUAAAGGAGUGAAAAAUGAGUGCAGAGCUUUACAACACAGGAUCCUAACACAGUGUGCUGCUUCCCUGACAUGCUCACUUUCCUCCCCGUGUCUUUGAACAGGCGUCAUGCUCACAGAUCUAACACGCCUCAGCUGGCGGCUCGACAGACAUUUUGUGUCUUGGAAAGCUUCAGACGUGUUGUCUAACAGCUUUGAGCAUUACAGUAGAUUCUGUGUCUUUACACCCAGAGAAAAAAUCACUGUGGGGACAGAUGCCAGAACAACUCAGCUAUUGACUUGAUAGUUGCCAUAGUAACCAGGGUGGCUGGCAGCUUAUGUUUCAUCCAAAGAUAAAUUAUAGGGGGCUGUUGAUAGAGGAAAACGUACGCUUUUUUCUUUUUUCCUUUACUCCCUCCUGAAUUACUUUCUGGUGCAUUUGCGUCACUGUCACACCUUUUCCCCGCGCAGAGAUGUGACACACAUACAGAGAGGAUUUUUAAACGCCCUUGUAAUCAUAUUGUGAAGGUUUGUUUUUGACAUACUGGAGAAAUGAAAACCUGCUGAGCUGCAUGCAUUGUUCUGUGAGCAAUGCAGCAAAAGACCGAGCAGCGAGCAUGAACACGACCGAACAGAGACACCAUUUUCACCAGUAAUUGAUCGGGCAAUUAGCGAAAAAAUGGAUCAGAAUAUUCACAGAAUCAGUUUUUGAUGAAAUCACUUUGAAACCAAACAGCUUAUCAUGGUUUCAGUGAUGUUAAUUAGUCUUUUUUUUUUAUAGUAAAAUCAAUAUUUGGGGGUUUUAGGCUUCAUUUUAAACCAUUUUUUCAGGCUGUAGUGAAUUUUAACCUCUGUUUUUAUUGACUAAGCUGCCAAUGGAGCAAAUAAUCUGCAUACCAAUUAGUGUUUUUAGAAUGAAAUUAGGCAAAUUUAAAGUAUUUUUUAACUUUAACAGUGACAAAGAAAUUCAAUUCUGAUCAUUUUCUCCCUUCCUGUCACAGAAACCUUCUUCCUCCUGGUCGUCAUCUUUGGCGGUCGGCCUGGUGCGGCCGCUGAGCCGUGAGGUCAGCCAUGGCUCCUCCAAAACCACCGAUGGUGACUCCGGCAACAGCCUGCUGGGAGAUCCCGUCAGGUCUGGACGCAGCAGUCCCAGUCCCUCACGGCUCGCUGGUGGCGUCCCGCUGCAGGCGCAGGUGGCACGCAGUGAGCUUAACGUCCGCCUGCCCCGAGGUACGGCAGCAUAUGUUCGCACUUUUAUCCACUCAGGCAGUUAUUUUUUCUGUUUCAUGCUUUUUGAGGGGAAAGGACAGUAGCUGAGUGAGUGCUAAUCAUACAGAGCUGAGGUAGUCAUCAGUAGAUAUUAACAUAGGUCAGUUUAAUGUCGCUCCAAGCUGUUGAGCAGCGAUUUGUGUCGCCAAAAUACGACUUGUGUUAUUUUUAAAAAAUUUUUUUUGGUAUCGAAGGAGGAGAGAAAAGCAAAUAUAAAACUCAUUAUCAAUAAAAAUGACUAAACAUGAUGAGAUUUUCUUUCUUACUACUAAAGUUUUUGUUAUGAUGCUGAUUUGAUUCAUAUUACGAUUCUAUGAUAUCGUUGAUUUUCUCGAUUUUUAGUCUGCAUUUUUAACACCAGUGAAACAGUUGAAUGAUUAUGAUUGUCUACUGACUAUUCCAGGAAUCAUAUUUCCCCCAAAAUACACAUCACAUGUAAGUCAGUUUAUUUGAUUUAUUCUUAAAUUUGAAAAAAAAAUUGAGUAUUGAACAUAAAAAUCAAUUUAAAACAAAAAAUCACGGAUCUUAUGUGAAUCGAUUUUUUUCUCCCACCCCUAGUUGCUUGGAUCUUAAUGUAACAAGUACCUGCGGAGGGAAAAACUACUGCUACCAUAAUGUGAAGUUAGUGAAGAAGCAAACACCUUUAGAAAUAGUGAGCAUUAUAAAAACCUUCACAGAAAAGGGUAAAUAAAACGAAUAAUAAACUUUUCCCCAGUCUGUUGGUUUGAUGCGCCGUCUCCUGCUUCAGAGCUGCGGUCCAUGCUCAGGGUUGAUGGAGUCACUCAUGAUGUCUGGUGCUUCUUCUCUGCAUCUGCUGGUGUAAAACUCUGAGAUAGGUGGUAAACUGUAUUUAAAAAAAAAAGUCCUUAGUGCAGACUUGACCACCUGUUGAAGCGCCUCUUUCUGCCACUGUGCAGCUGGUGUACCCCACAGUACAGUACAGUUCAUGAAAACAUGAAAUACAGUAAGUCAAAACUGCAUUCCUCUGAUGACAUCUUGGCUAAAACAACACAAGACACAUGGACCAAAAUGACUCUUAUAAUCACAGUUUUCUGAAUAUAACUGCGACUAAAAAAAUUAAUCCAAAUUUCUCAUCAAGAUUAACCCUGGUUGUGUCAAAAACCGCAAACUCAUCUGGUAUUUACUGCUCCCUGCACAGUGAGCUGUGACCGCCUGGUUAAACACUAAUAAUGAUGACACUACUGUUGCACUUUGAAAGUUAUUGCUCAAUGCCAGAAAAUAGAGGUAAAAGUGGUCAUUACGUUAGCAUUAAGAAUUAUACUGAGCGACUUUUCACAAUAAAAGAUACAAAAAGACAUCUUUUUAAUAUAAGAUAUAAUAUAUAAUUAAUUUUAAUUCACACGGUUUGUUUAUUUCGCUUGUAGACAGACUAAGAUCGCUUGUCUCUAUCAUGAGGAAAAACAGGAAAUCAUUCACUCGUUUAAACUGCCUCCUUUCUUGAAAACCCCAAACUGUUCUGUUUCUUCUUGUUUUUAUGUGAGAGAAUUAAAACUGACAUCAGACAGAGCGGAUCGUGCUCCUAACAUUUAACUUGUCAUCUAAAUAUACUGACAGAAAUAGAAAGUUCCUCAGAGAAGGACCCUGUAAGGAACCCUGAAAGUACCAAACUGGACUACAUCCACAAACAAGUCGUUAACUCCAGCUCCAUUUUUCACCAGUCCUGCGUUUCACUCCAUCUCCUUCAUUUUAGGUUUUGAGCGUCGGCCAUUGAAGCACCCGUCUCUUUCUGAAGGAACAGAGAGGGACAGCGGCCCCCCGAAGCCCCUGCGCACAAGCACCAUCCCCGCCCUGGUGCCCAAACCUCCCUCCUACCCACUGGUCAAACUCGUGGGCAAGUUCUACACCCUGAAGUGCCGGUGAGUAGAGCCUCGGUGUGAGGGCGGGAAAUGUUCAGAGCUGCUCAUGUGGGAUAUUGAGACUCAGCAGCAGCAGUAACAGAAAUAUUUUGAUAUAUCUUAAAUAGUUGAAAAUCCCAGAGCAGCCAUCCCCACCCCGCCUCCUGCUGAGCGUACUCCACUUUUAGUUGCUUCUGCUCUAUAUUGAGAACAGUGAAUCAUUUGGGAUUUCCUGGCAACAUGAAUGAGGGCUUAAACUCUGAUAUAACUGCAGCACUGGAGUUCUAAUAGACUCAACGCUGAAUUUACCACCAUUAGUUUGUAUGAUAUUGUGAAAAACAGGCGCUGGACAAUCAUUUUCUGGGACUUAUGAAAUACAUGUAUCAAACCAGAUAAAGAAAGGACCAGAUUUACUGAGAUUUCACAUAAGCAGGUUUGAAUUCAUCCAUAUUUCUGCAAACUUUCAAGUUUAUUUAGCGUGUGUUUUACAGAGGAUCAACUAAACAUAAACAACAGGUGCAAAAGACUCAGAUAUAAUCAUACACAUAACCUGCCUAUGCUCUUUAAAGGGAUAUUGCAGCGUAAAAACAAGUUAGGAGUUAGACACCCUGUCGAAAGAUGAAUGUUGCAGACCGCUUGCUUCUCUACUUAUACCAGUUUUAGUAAUGACCGCACUACAACAAUACAGAGAGCCACGCGCUCAACCAAAACGCCGCUCUUUAGCCACAAAUAAUGCUCAGAACAGCGCCUAACUUCAUCAACAGUACAUAUAGGGUCCCAAACAUAGUAUUAGCCACCAAACAUCGUUUUAACUUUGCCUAAUUUCUUUUGCAAAGAGACUAAACACAACUCACCUAUUCUCUUCGUUUGUACAGAGACCUCUUUCGAGUCCAUCGACUGCAGCGAGUUGACGCAGCUCAAGGAAGAACAUUUAUGAUCAUUACUUUAUCAUUUCCUUGAAGUAAUAAUCAUCAUAUUCAUCAUUUUGCACUGCAGACGCGGUAGUUCUUCAGUCUUAGCGUCUUGGUCUGAUUGCGUUUCCAUGAGGAAAUGAUUAUAAUUGUUCUUCCUUGAGCUGCGUCACCCCGCUGCAGUCGAUGGACUCGCACGAGGUCUCCCUACAAACAAGCAGCUGCUGGAAGAGAGUAGGUGAGUUGUUUUUAGUCUCUUUGCUAAAGAAAUUAGGCAAAGCUAAAAAGAUGUUUGUUGGCUAGUACUAUGGCUGGGACUCUAUAUGUUCUGUUGAUAAAGUUAGGUGCUGUUCUGAGCAUUAUUUGUGGUUAUAGAGUGGCGUUUUGGUUGAGUGCGUGGCUCUCUGUAUUGCUUUCCUGUGGUCAUUACUAAAGUUGGUAAAACUAAAGAAGCAAGCGGUCGGCAACAAUCAUCUCUCGAGGUGGUGUCUUACUCGGUGUUACGGUGUGUUUGACCCUAACUUAAUUUUAAGACAGAAUAUCCCUUUAAAUACAGAAAUAAUAUAACAGAUGGUUUUUCUGUCUCUCUCAGGUUCUGUGAGGUGGAGUUUCACGGCCCGCUGUCGGUGCAGGAAGACUGGAUCAGACACCUCCAGCAGCACAUCCUCAAGAUGAACUACAACAAGCCUGCUGCUCCAAAGGAACCCUCUGCUGGACCCCCCGCCCCGGUCGAAGACCCGGCUCAACUCCAGGCCUCCACCUCUACCUCCAGUACCACCUCCACCCUGACCCGCACCUCUCCUCCUAACAGCAGCUCUCCCACGCCCCCCUCUGAGCCCGCUCCUCCUCUCACUGCCACAAAGAUUGUAAAGGUCUCGGAGGAGCGGUCUACCCCGUCGCCAGCUCCCAUCCCCCUCCCUGCCCAGACGGUGUGAGCUCAGAGUCAUCCCUGUGGUCACACGGCUCCUUCACUUUUUUCUGCCUUUUUGUCUUUCCUUUAGUCCAUCUGUUAUUUUCCUUCGGCCUUCACAAAGUGUAGUCUAGGAGGAGUGUUUGCCCUCCAAAGAGCCCUCUGAGCACCUUUUGAAGCAGCUUACUAGACUGUUACUUAGUCCCGUUUCCAUGGGAACCAAGCUCUCCUGGCUUACCUGUACAGCUGGGACUGAUGAUUGUGGGAAGCGUCCAAGGUUGAGACAAAAAGAACCAAUGAUUCGUGCUUUUGCCUUGUUUUUAUUGAAUGUCAGGGUGAUAAUGGGAACAGAUCACUGGCUGAUUUAGCGUUCAUGUAGCCCUUUAUCAAACCUCAACCACUCCCCCCUUUUUUAUGAGAAAGUUCAGCCUCUUUUCCCGCAUUACUAAUAGACUGUUUAAAAAGAUGGACAACAUGACAGCUCCUGGAAAGUGAGGCUCAAGGUUAUACUCGCUGUUAACUACAUUAACAUUAAUGCAUGCUGGCUGCUAGCAUUAGUGUCCCCCAGUGACAAUUUGGUGCAUAAUUUAGCAGUCCAGAACUCACUGAUAUUUAGCGCUGAAAUUAUGCUGCGUUCAAGUUGUACUAGGUACUCGGAUUUCCCUCUUGAAAAGUUGGACGAUCUGCACCAACUCCGACUUCAUCGUGCAUGUUAGGAGUCUCAGCAGUCAGUCCACCAGCGAGAAUCUAGAAAAUAUAAGGUUCACAUCUCCCGGCCAAAACAGACAGUAAAUCGAUCUUAUAAAGAGUACUUGUGAUUUCCACAAUUCCAAGUAUGAGAUAGAAAAUGUAGUUGCAACUAAUUGGCUGAUUUUCAAAGUAAGAGCCUCAUCUUCUCUUUCUGAAUAUUGACAGACUUCAUUUUCACACUGUGUAUUUCUGACAGUGGUAUCAAAGGAAUUAAAUAACUUGCAAAGGUCUUAAUUUGGCUCUUCGUGACACCCUCUUCCUUUCUGCCUCUACUAAACCUGCACAUUGAAAUAACAUGUUUCCAUCACGUUACAUGUAACUGAGUGAACAUCCAAGUUUACUGACUCAUAAACACAGAUUUACAGUUUUGAAGGAGAGCAGGAUGAGUGCAGCCAUGAAAAAUUUGAACAGAAGCCAAGCCAUCGUUCUGGCUUCACUUUUGUCCGGCGGGUGGAGGUGGAGUCAUGUUGUCCAUCUUUAUAUCCAGUCCCUUUCAAUCAGACCUAUGAGACUGACAGUGUUUUGGUAGUUCUGUCCUCAGCCUCUCAUGAAGAUCCUGACUGGGAUUUAACCACGUUUAUCAUCCUGUUAGUCUUGAGGUUGAGACGCAUGUAAAAAACAAAACAAAACAAAAAAACAAAAAAAAGGCACUUUUGAUAAUGACAUUGUCACUUAGCACUUAGAAAGCGUCCGUGUGAACGGACCAAUCAAAGCAAGCCUAAUUUGAUUAAUGAAAGGAGCAAGAAGUGGAAGCACACCCAAAAAGGGAAAACCCCUCGACUUAACUUGAUCAUGUAAUAGUGAAGCCCAAAUAUACAUUUGGUUUGAAUGUAGCUGAAAGCACCCAAUGAGACCUUAACCUUCUAUUUGCACAUUCAUACACAAUCAAACUAAAACCCAACGUUACAGUUAAACAGAGUUUGACCUUAAAGAUGUCAUUACUGAUCUUCUCAGCAGAUAGGGCUCCCGGGCCGAGUGCACCAGCUGAGUUUACACCUGAGAGAAACCUUACAUCAGACUUAGAGCUGAAUGUUUUGACUAAAAGUUCCUAAAGUGAAGCCCUGUGAGCCGGUUGGACUAAUGUGCUGUUUGUGUUACACCUAUGUGUAAUUUUUGCUCUUAGGCAGGAGCAGCACUAAGUUUGUAAUGUGAGACUAGUUGGCAUAUUUAAGGUAAUAUACAAGGAAAAAAGGAAACAGAUAUAAAACUCAAAGUGUGCUGCAUUUGUGUUCUGCCUUGACAGUGAGCUGAUGUAGGGUUUGUUUUUGUCAAUGAAGCUCUCAUAUUUUUAUGUCCUAGGUGACAGCACAUGAAAUUGAAAGCAGUCACAGGCUAGUGUCUAAUAGAUACUCACAGAGUUCCUACACAAGUAUGGAAAAGUAUGGAAAGAAAUAAAUUUGAUCAAUUUCCAGGACUUGGAAUAUUUAUGUUUCCGGACUAUUACCACAGUUGUAAAAUACUGUUUUCUAAAUUAGAAAAGUAGGUAUUUUUUUAAAAAUAAUCCGAAAAAAGAGGGUAUGGAAAAGUAUGGAAAUUCCAAAUGUGUAGGAACCCUGUACUCUGUUAUAAUGAUUGAAUAUAGAAAAAUGCAGAUUUGUAUUGCUUCUGAGAACUUACUGUACAGGCGUGCUCUUGAAUUCGCUGCACAAGCUAAUCUAAUUGUCUUUUUGUUAUUCAUUAAAAAUUCACCUAAAACAUGAUUUCUAACUCAGAUAACUGUGUAUAUUAGAUACAAGAUAUAUUCUUUUUUAAAAACCAAAUAUUGACUUUUUUUUUAAUUACAGAUGGUUGGAUGCAAUGUUUGAAAAUAAAAUGAUUUUAGCAUUCUUAAAAGGUCAUCAGCCAACCUGCUCUGUAAUCAUUGGCUGUUGAAAAACUGAUAUUAAUUGAUCACUGCAGCAUGUCUCUACCCUGCAGGUUCUGAUUGCUCUCAGGCUUUAGUUUAAGCUCUGAAAUGUCACUAUCGUCCAUGUUUGGUUUUGCACCAGAAAUAGGGUAUUGCCAUCUGCAAUUUUUAAAUUUCUUAGUGUCUGAUCAUGGGUUAGUCCCUUAUCUAAAUGUCAUUUUUGAUAAUUGAGACAGUUUGAUAGAAGUUCUCUGAAUUGUACUUUUUCAAGUAUAUACCCUGAACUAGGCUGCUUCCUCCAAGGCAUGAUGGUUACACCCAGGUAUAAAACAAACAAGGCUUUCAAAUGCAAUGUGUAGCAUUUAGCUGCAUUUAUCAGACUGUUAAAUGCAUUGGUAUAAAUGGAAGACAGUUUUUUAUAUUAGUCCAAAAUCACUAGAGUAUAAAGUCCUUUUGUAUCUAUGUAGGAGCGAGGCCAUCAUCUUACACCGCCAUGUUGCUACAGUUGCACUAAAAGGACAAAGUAGAAACAUACUAGUUUUUAUAUUUCAUAAUUGGUUGUUCUUAAUGCUCCUGUUGAAAGAGAAGGAAAAGUAAUUGCUGUUUAUAAGCGUGUUUGUAUUGACAGGCUUUUAUUAACUAAAAAUAUUUAAAAAAAAAUGAGGAUUGACAGGAGCUUCUUGUCCUUACAGGCCACUGUCGCAGACAGGAGGGGUGAACGAGGGAGUGUUUCAAUCUGAAAUCUGACUGAAUAUUCAAGUUUCUACACACCGUACAGCCAAGUCCAACUGGUUCAAAAGCUUCUUGUGUGUCCUGAUUCUCAGUGGAAAACAGUCAUAAGGUUACACUCAGGUGUGCCCCCUGCUGGUGCCUUCCGCCCCUGUUGUUGAAGCUGAUUAAUCCUCCUCUCUGUUUCAGAGCAGCAGGGCCAAAAAAACCCUCACAGUUCCACAUUUCAAGUUUUUCUGUUCACGCUGUUGCCAUUUUCUUCCUGCCUUUUUCAACCUGAACUCUUAUUUAUUUAUUAUUAUGCAUCUGAAUGUGGUAAGCUAGGUCAUUUUAAAGCUACAGUAGAAUGUCUGAUAAUAGGUCAGAGGUGCACUUUUACUGCAGUGCACAGUACGUGUGCGUGUGUGUGUGUUAGCGUGUAUGUUUGUGUACAUAAAUAGAAAAUGUGCAUUUGUUUCCCAUUUUUAGAGAGAGAGACAGAAGUCAAACUGCUUGGUAGGACAACGACUCCUUAGCUCUAAGUGAACUAAAGGUGGGAGUCUGUCUGCGUGUAGUCUGAUGAAGACUUUAAGCAUCCCUGGUUGUGUGAGGAUGUGCCAAAGAGUCUGUUUACUUCCUUGUCUUGCCUCUGUAAAAGCUGUUUACAUUGGACCUGAUGGUGGAGGAAACUCUGCACAGAAAUCCCGACUUUCCACACUGAGCACCGGACCGAGCAUCGCACUGCAGAGUCGGAAAGACUCGAGCUACCGGAGCGGCUUCAUGGGACUCAUGUUGUUACUGUAGGUUUAGAUAAUUCCAAUUUAACAGGAUCUUAAAAUAAACUUGACUUUACACGGGAGAACUGUCAGUCCAAACGGAGAAACAUGUCUGACCUCGGGCUUUCAGUCUGCGGUCUUUCUGCCUCAGACUGUCUUCAUAUCAAACUGAAGCUCUAACUGAAGGGUCCACGUAGGCUGACGACUUUUAAAAGUUUGCUCCAAUGUUCAAUCCAACAGUCCCCAAACUCUUUUAUGGAGUAUAGCUACAUCCUAUAUAAUAACUACAUGUACUUAAGAGACUGUUGAUGCUAGUAGAGCUAUCAGCAGUUCUAUUAGCAAAGGUAGUUCAAAAUAAGUGAUCUUAAUUCCUCUAUUGUGAUUUGUUUUCUGUAUUUUUUAUUGCUCUGUGCAUUUCUGUAUUUGCAGUCCUGCAAGGUGAAUCUUAGAGUAUUUUUUAUUUUCAUCCGUUAGUCUCUCCAAGCUGAAACUUUGGUGCUGGUGAGAGUGUUGCAGGUGAUGAAAACAUUUCAAUGUGAUUGUCACGUCCUGGUUUCAAAGGACUCUAAAAAGCGAGCCUUAAAGGAGAGCUCUCUGCAUGCUGAGGUCUGAUCCUCUCCGGGGUUAAAAGAUGCCGCAGCCUCUGACUGCAUUACUGUGUGAAUCAGACAGCCGGUGCAUUAGAGCUCCUUUUAAGAUUACCUGAGAAAGCCUCAGCUGGUGUAACUGGCUGUUACGUGUGAGUGUAUGUAUGUGUGUGUGUAUGUGUGCGCGUGUGUGAGAGUGAGUGUGUGUUUAAAAAGAAAGUGAGACGACAAUAACAAGUAAAAAGAAAAAGAUGCAGAGGAGGAAAGAUGUGUACUGUACACAAAGGAUUAAGUUUAAAGUGAAUCAACUCCAGAACAAACAAUAAAUGUGAUUUCAAUUUCACACAUUAAUGACUUGUCUCUUUUUUUAUGUUCAGUUUGAUGUGAAUUAUAAUGUGGGGGCAGCAGCAGCAGGGGCGUGUCUAAAAGGUUUUGACUGGGGUGCCCCGUCUCGGGUGCAGGCUUGGGCAAGGGUGGCCAGGGUAGAUGAGAGUAGUAACCCACUCUAUCUUCACUAUUUACUUUUACUACAUAGUAAAAGUGAAUUUUGAUGCUAGUGUCCACAAUAGCUUUUGUGGAUCAUAAAAAGACAUCAGUAUUAAUUUUAGUCUGUUUCAUAACUGGAUAAAAACUCCUCACAGAAGUAUAAUAAUGCUGUUGUGUUUCUUUAAGAAGAAAUGCAACAAAGUGGCAAAACAUCAGUCUUUAAGGCUGACUCUUCAAGGACUUAUUUUGGGUGCCAGCUGGCUAAUCAGUUCAAGCCCCCUCCCCAUUUACAGAGACAACAGCGAUUGUCACAAGAGUCGCUGGUUGACCUCUGGCCAUAAUAUUUUGCUGCAUGUCAACCCUGACUCUCUUUGUCCUUGUAUUUCCUGUCUCUUCUUGGCUGCCUAGUCUAAGAAAGAAAAAAAAAUGCCCAAAAACAGAUACUCAAAAAUAGAGAUAUUGGCCCAAAGUCACAAUAGAGGGCGCUAACAAAAUGUGCCACAUUUAUAUACAAAGAAAGCUACUGCAAGUCUAUCACAAAUGAAUCAAUAAAGGAUUUUCUGAGGUGAACAAUCAGAUUAUUUUUAGAGUGUUUGUACAGUGGCUCAGCUGUAAAGUUGGUCUCCCCUCAGUUAGAGGGUCACAGUUCAACCCCAGACCCUGCUGUCCACUCGCCAAAAUGUCCUCAGACAAGACUCUGAACUGCACUGCCGGUUCUGCCCCAUUGGUGCCUUGAGUGGAAUUGAUUAAUACAGUGGUUUUGAUUAAUACUUUAUGCAGUGGCCUCUGACACCAGUAUAUCAAUGUGGUGUUAUUGCGGCAUAUGAUGUAAAUGUGCUUUAUAAGUGGUUAGACAGCUAGAUUAAGUACAAUAUAGAGAUAGACAAUUUCUAGCAAUGCUGUUUGGAAAUCUGUUGCCAUAGAAGUAGAAUUCAAUGGGCUUCAUUUCCCAGCAGUAUAAAUAAAUAAAUCUUUAUAUUAUUGGGGUUAAAAACAAACAAACAAAAAAUUCCCCUCAAGGUAAGACAAGACUCCUCUACUACUUCUCGGGUUCCUGCUCACCUUAAUAAGACUGUAUUACAUAACUGCCUGUUCAUGAUACAUUAUGUUAUAGAUAUCAUGGUUUGAUCAAAAGACAAAGUCACAGUUGAAUAAGACUGAACCUGUAUAGAAGGUCGUCUGAUCUAUUUUAAAUUGAAGUUUAUGAAUAUUAUCAUUUCACUCAUCCAUAUAUAGAUCACUAGCUUAAAACAGCUGUUUCUCUGUGUAGUUUUACCUAUCUUCACACUCUGUUGUUAACAGAUGUUGGAGUUUGUGUCUAACAUCAUGUGCUGCUGAUUUGGUAGUAAUACACUUUGGCCACUAGAGGGAGGUGCACAAUCAGAUCUUUGCUUGUCUUGCUUGAAAAGAUCAGACUGCAGGUCAAAACAUAGACUAGAUGGUAGUUGAUCAUCAUUAUGGGAUUUUUCUUUCAUUUUGUUUUAUCUUGUAUUUAAUAUAAGGCAUUCAUUUACCAAGCAGGCAUUAUAGGAAGGCUGAGUUGGUAUUUUAGUUUCUGAAAAUGCUUUUUUGAGAACUCUAAAAUAAUAAAUGGUACAUUUCUGAGUGAGGAGUUGUCUACGCUGAUGUGUUAGAUUUAUACUUCUGACAUUUUUACACCUGCAGCUUUGAGUAAGACAUAUAUUACCCAAACUGUUACACUGUGAUUUUACAAAGUCAACAGAGUGAAUUGAUCUCAGUGAUUUGACGCUGUAGUAAUUUAUAGCAGCUAUUAUAACGACAAGAAAGUGAUUCUCAGCAGUUUGCUUGUAGCUUUGUGUUCUAACUUUGUAGAUCCUAUUGACCUUAUUUGGUUAGAUUUUUCGAAGUUUUGUGACUUUAUGUAUUUUCUUGUUGCUGGUGCAUUUGCUUGUGUGUACAGGGGGUUGAUGAACUUUUGAUCCUGUCUUUAACUUUUUAGAGGAGGCAAGAGAACUAAAAUAAAACAUCAGCAUCAUUACAUGUUAGCUACUUCCCUUUCCUGAUGUCUGGUUGAGCAGGUCCAAGCUCUUUUGCUCUCAACUUCUCCUGCAAAGAUUUCCCUUCAAAUAAUAUUAUUUUCAGCAAUUUAAGUGAGUUUCCUUCUGUGAAUCUUUUUCUGUGACUCCUGCUUGAUUUCCCUCAGGUUAACAAUUCACUCCACUGCAAUGCAUUAAAAAUAUGCCACCUGCUGGUCGGUGGUGUGUAAUGAGAUUUUAGUGCAAUUACUUGCAUCCAUGUACGUAGCUCCUAUUUUGCGAUUAUGAUUGCAAAAUAUGUGACUGAUCAGUAGUUUCAGACAAAUUAUAAUUCAAAUUUUUGCAACAUCAUCAUUUUGCUCACUUAAUGUAAAAUACGUACAUUGAUGUUGACCCUAAAUUAAUUUUAUGCUGGAAUAUCCCUUAAGGGGAGUCAUGGGGGGCAUCACUGUGACCUGAACUUAAAAAUUGAGUGUAGAAAGCCUUAUGAGUGAUAUAUUAAAAGAAUAAGUUUUUGGAAAUAUAGAAAACAGCUGCUUGAAUUCAGACGAAGCUCACAAAAGGAGCAGCCUGUGAGAGAGUUUGUUAAUAAACCUGCAAUGUACAGAAAAAUUGACCUACUUCAUGUUUUAUGACUCUAAUUCCCAGACCCUUUACUCUGGAUCAAUUCUUAUUUAGAAGACUUGUGUUUUCAAGUGGCUGCAAUAAUCCUGAUCAAUGAUGGAGUUAAUGAGUUCUCCACAAUAACAGCAUUAGCUGUAAAUCCUCAGUGCUUGUACCUCUGUCUUUAUUGAUAAAUGCCUGAAAGCAAACAGUAAAGUUAAUCAAUAAGGGCUGAUGAUAUACGUCUGAAGUGGGUUUACAGCAUGUGUGUGGAUCAUUGCUGUGACAGAAAAACAUCCCGGGACAUACAAAGUGUCUCCUUUGUUUUAUUUGGACGUGCAGCUCUCAGACUCAGAGCACAAAGCCUCCCCAUGUUCCUGAGAACAUCUGUGUCCAUCACAUUGUUUUAAUCCCCUCAAGCUCAUCCAGUGAUGGGAAACUCGCUGAGAUAAGAGAACAGAGGAGGGUGAGGAGGGUCCACAAGAGCUAGGAUCAAGACCCGGACCGUAGUUACAGUAAGUUCAUUGUUAAAAUGUUCAUGUAGAAGAUGGACAGCUGGUGUGCACCUGGAGAGUAACCAAUAAUACAAUUAUGAUGCAAAGACACCCCCCAGUGCUCUUUCUGGAAUUGGUUAAAACAGGUUUUAGUUCGAAACUGUGUUUACAUUGAUUUAAAAACCUGACACCAGAAACAUUACAAAGAUAUGUUUGUUUUAGGACACAAUAAGAACUACAUUGAUUAUGACAACUUAAACAAAUAUCACCUAUGCUGGAUAUAAAGUUGAAAUGCCCGCUGUUGUUGUAGUUGUACAGUUAAUUUCAUGUUACAAAUGAAAAAAGCUACUCAUAAAGAGGCCAAUAUAAAACGAUUCAAGCUCAAGUCAAAACUCGGGUUACAGUCCUUUUUAAAGUUUUACAAAAAAUGACCUGAAUUGCUUGUAAUAAGAAACGUAUCUGCCAAUGAUGGGGCAUGUCAAUGCUCUUUAAAUUUGAAGCACUGACUCACCAAAGGGUGGCCUUGGGCUGUUCUCAUUAGUUUAUCUAACGGGGAAUUUCCAAGCUGGUCCUUACAACAGAAAUGCUGACUCAUCCUAACUUCAACCAACCGAACAACAAGCAGAGAGGAGGUAGAGUUGAGGUGGGAUUUGGCGUCUUUGCCAAAACUUACCCCAGACUUCCACCGCAUCCAGAACGGCUCCAAUCCGGAAUGACUGCGAUUUUCGCCAGUUCCUACCAGAUCCGUUUGUGAGGCGAAAUUCG